AGUGCAGGUUUGGAGGGGUCGCGGUGGCGGAGACAGGGGCACCUCUUUGCGCGUCGCUGAGACCGAGCUGAGAUUGGGGUAGGCGCCGCUUCGGAAAGGUGUGGGGGUGCUGUGGCUGUCUCAAUGGCUGGGGGCCGCCGCUGACUGCGCGGGUCCUCUCGGGGGUGGCCGCAGAAGGGAAGAAGGUGCCAAGAGUUGGCGAUGAGCGGCUGAGGCGCUGCCGGGCGGUGCCAAGCAGGGAGCUCCGUGUCUCUCCAUCCUGCCCUGCGGCGCGGGCAAGCAGAGCUCCCGGCGCCCUCGCUCCCUUUCCCGCAGCAGCCAGUGCGGCCAUGUCGGAGCGGCCGCUGGGCCCGCCAGUAGUCCUUUGCCAGGACUCGCCCAAGCGUGUCCUGGUGUCGGUGAUCAAGACUACUCCAAUCAAGCCGUCCCCGCGGCGGGGUGGCGAGGAGCCAGCAUCUGCCCCGCCCGUCCCCACUAGCCCCGGCUUCAGCGACUUCAUGGUAUACCCAUGGCGCUGGGGCGAGAACGCGCACAACGUCACUCUCAGCCCCGGCGGGCCCGCCGCCGCUCCCGUCCCCUCAUCCGUCCAGCAGCCCCGCGGCGCGGUGGCGGGGGAUCCCACCCAGGACGACGAGGAGUCCGGUAGUCCGAACAGCAGUGGACGGCGCCGGCACCUGAAGGACGGCUUACGGCGUGGCCGGCCAAGAGCAGACACAGUCCGUGAGCUGAUAAAUGAAGGAGAGCACUCCUCUAGCAGGAUCCGUUGUAACAUCUGCAACAGGGUGUUUCCAAGAGAGAAGUCGCUGCAGGCACACAAACGCACUCACACUGGUGAAAGACCUUAUUUGUGUGACUACCCAGAUUGCGGGAAAGCUUUUGUUCAGAGUGGGCAGCUGAAAACUCACCAGCGUCUCCACACAGGGGAGAAGCCUUUUGUCUGCUCAGAGAAUGGCUGUUUGAGCCGAUUCACACAUGCAAACCGCCACUGCCCCAAACAUCCAUAUGCCCGACUAAAGAGGGAAGAGCUCACUGACAGACUGAAUAAAAACCAGACGGCUGACAAUAAAGCUGUGGCUGAGUGGCUAGCAAAGUACUGGGAGACUAGAGAACAGCGUGCUCCUGCUUUGAAAAGUAAAACAAUCCAGAAGACUGAUCAGGAACAGCAGGAUCCAAUGGAAUAUCUUCAGUCUGAUGAAGAAGAUGAUGAAGAGAAAAAUAGUGCUCAUUCUGCUGCUUGCCACCGCCGCCUCCAGGAACAGCGUGAACGAAUGCAUGGCGCUUUGGCUCUAAUUGAGCUUGCAAACCUAGCUGUGGCACCGCUGCGACAGUAGAUACAAAUGGAAUUUGCCUAUACAAAAUUUAUUUCCUGGUGGCACUUAACCAGUUAGAUCCUGGGCAUAAGCUAAGCACCUUAUUUGCUUGUUAUAGGCUGCUAUUCUGUAGAAUUUAUGAAGAAUGUUGUUGCUCCAUAAAUGGGGUAAGAGAAUUGCACUUUUUGUAAGGUUAAAGAUAGUUGUAAAGUUUCUAAGUAUUUUUGUAAAUAGGGGACUGCAUAAUGCAGGGUUAACAAAGGUCAUGUGGGAAGCUAGAUUUUGCAAGGUUAACUCAUUUGAAGCAGUUUUCACAGGAAGCACUUUCUGAACAGUGUUUAUGAUUAGCAGGAUGGUAUGGUACAUGUGGCCAAAGAAGGCUGACAAAAAGAAAAGUAUUUAUCUGAACUAUUUAAGCAAAUUUAUAUUGUGAUAGGUCUGAAGAUACUGUAAGCACCAAUGAAAAAUAUUUUUCUAAUGUCAGUGCAUUUUUUUUUUACCUUAUGUCACUGAGGUAGAAGGCAAAGCUUAGUAAUUAUGACUUGUAGAUGGGAAGAAACUGCUUCAUGCAGAUAAACUGUAGAAUAGUUCACAGUCUUCACUGUGACUGCUCAAGGUAUGAGGCUUGACUUAUUUUACAUUUUCUGAUUUGAUCUCAGCAGAAUCUCUUGGUAGCACUUGUUAUUCCUAACCCAUGAUGUUAGGAACUUUUGCACAUUGUUGGAUUUAUCUGAAAAUGAUUAGUCUUGCAAAGUCUAGACAAAGGUAAAGAAUUGGUGAUAUUUUUUCAGAUGUCUUUGGACCCUGUAAUGAUUUGGCACUUGUUUUUGUUAAUAAGGGGGUAUUUACAGGGUGUUGUGGAUUUGUAGUAAACUAUUCUAGAUCUCUUAUUAGCAAACACUAAAUUUUCAAGUCUUGCUUUUACAUGUUUAUUAGCACAUAGAAGCCCCUGUACUUUUGUGCAUAAAGCCACCUUAUUUGCUUUACUUAAGGAUAACAUGCCAAUUUUGUGUUCACUAACUUUAGUACAGCUAUCAGUUAAACACUGCAGAAAAAUAUUCACUAUACAACUAGAGAAUAGGCUUCCAAAGGUAGUUACAAGUGUGUUAACAGUGUGAUUUCAUAUAUUUCCCAAAUAAAUGAAGUUACAGAACGCUGCUUAGUAAACUCAAGUGCUGAUAUUAAAUGUUUAGUGAACUAUUUUGUUACUUGGUGAAUGUUGUAUACUUGGGAAUACCAUUGUGUCAUGGUAAUCUUUUUCUGUAUUUUGCUUGGUAGACAACAAGAGAAUCAUGAUAUGCUAACAGUAUAUUGUUUUGAAAGUGAACUUUUUUCUUUUUUGCAGUUGAGCUACUGCUUUAGGGGAUAUUAAACAUUUACUGUCCUGCUUGCUCUUAACUCUUCCUUCCCUCUGAAGGUCAGAAAAUUCAGAUGAGAAAGGAAGCCACUUUCCCUCUUGUUUAAAUGAGAGGAAAAUGUUAUCAAGCACUAGAAACAAACUGACUAGAUGCCUACAGAUCUUCCAGUACAGUAGUCUCUUUUAAUAUCAGAGAACUGUGACUGUUGAAUUAUGGUCUUUGUUAAUCUCUUGUGGUAGAAAAUCCUAUUUACCUAGUUUGUUUAUCAUUAUGUGUUGAGUCACUUGACUUUAAAAGUCAUAGGAUAUUUAAAAAAUAAAACAAAACAUAUGGAAUAUAAUUAGUUUUGUACUAGUUAUAUAGUUUAUUUUCUGUUUUCAACUCCUAAACUCAGCUAUCAUCAGGCUCAUUUAAGUCUUUUGAGCUUAAAAAUAUGUAACACUUCAUAGUCAUUCCUGGUGCCUGAGCCUAUGUAAAAUGGGUAACUCAGGAUACUUAUUUAUAAUUCUACAAAUAAUAUGAUAUUCACUGUUCAGUUUGCAAAGAGCCUGAUCCCAAAUGAGCCCUCAGUGUGAAUCUAUUUUUCUGAUUUGUAACUCAGAAUUGCUUCUGAGUAGUAUUUCACAGGACAUCCAAUUGUUGUAAUUGCCGGCCAGUUGCAGAAUGAGGUCAAAACUUCAAUAGAUGACUUUUUUUUCUUCCUGUCAGCUCUAGUGCUUUGGACAACUUGAAGAGUAUUUCUUUCGGUGUGGUAAGUAUGCUGAAUUCUACUUAGAUGUAGACAAAAUUCAGACCUUUCAAGCUGUUUUGUGUUGUGACAAGUUACUGGUAAAAUGUCAAGUUAAAAAAUUGAGAUGUGGAAGACUGCUUUAUAUAUUAAGAAGUGAUUACAUUGAAGAAAUCUUGAAGAUUACUGUUUGGCAUGAUUUAACAACAGAACAGUGAAUGUGUUGUCACUUCAAUACUUGGCUUUGAAUAAAAGUUUGACUAAACUUGAAAAUUGAA